ACAGACGUAAGCUCGUCGUCACCGGCCCGAACGGGGGGCCCACCCACCACUACAUCGUCAUCUCUCUCAUUCCUUUUUUGUUCUCUUCUCUCUCAUUUUCACAUCCUCAUUGAUCAACUGCUCGCGCUUCCACUAUCUUCUCUGCCUGCCCCUGCUUCAACUUCUAGGGUUUCCUUCUUCUUAUUCCAAGUCUACGAAGAGAGAUAAGGAUCUGUACGUACGGAGUCGUCCUUCGCGUUUGGGUUGUCAAAUUGGGUUUUAGGGCUUUAUUGAAUUGGUUUCUCUUUCUGAGAUUUGGGUUUCAAGUUUAUUAGUCUAUUAUUGAUCUCUGUUGUUGCCUGGUUUUGGGUUUUACUUGGAGACGGAUUUACUGGGUUAUUUUGAUUGUAAGCUGGUUAUUUGGGUAUCUCAAGCUUAAGCUUUUGGGAAGUCUUGGAGCUGAACUACUCUUUGUUUAUUCCUAUUAGCUGGGGUGUUAUCUGUUCUGAGCAAUGGUGAUAGUGGAGUAUACCGAAUUUGUUUGGCCUGGCGGGUGUUUUUGAGGAACUUGAUUUUUGUUUUUGGUGGAGAUUCUUCUGAGUGGUUGGCAAUGUUGGAACUUGAAUUGUGAAGUGCAAGUAAGCUUUUAAAUUGUUUUGAUUUGGUGGGCGCUUUGAUAGAAUUGGCGUUUGUUUGUUUUAUUGAAGAUAAUUAGAGUUUAGAAAGAUGGACAAUUCAAAAAACAGGCAGAAUGAUCAUUUGGGUGUCAACAAGAUUGGAAAGAACAUAAGGAAGAGCCCAAUUCACCAACCCAAUUUUCCAAAUAAUGCUAAUAGGGAACAACCUCAGCCUCAGGUUUACAACAUAAGCAAGAAUGAUUUUAGAAGCAUGGUUCAGCAGUUAACUGGUUCUCCAUCACAAGAACUUCGGCCAAGACCUCCUCAAAAUCAUCCACCCAAACCCCAGAGUAUGCGCUUACAGAAGAUUAGACCACCUCCACUGACACCCAUCAAUCGUCCCCACAUCCCUCCUCCAGUUCCGGGUCCAGCACCAGCACCAACACCUGCAGCUCCUCCUCAAGUUCCUUAUAAUGGUAACUUUGCUCGACCUGGCCAAUAUGGGCAACCAUCUCCAACCACAAUGAUGCCACCUUUGACAUCUGGAGAAUCAUUUUGGGCUAAUACUGCUGAAUCUCCAAUUUCAGCAUACAUGCGUUACCUCCAGACUUCUAUGAUGGAUCCUAGUUCUAGGGAAAAUCAAGCUCAUCCUCAGACACAAUCACAUCCUCAAGUUCCCGGUCAAUUUUGGCUUCCACCACCAACUUCUGGGUUACUUCCUAAUCCUCCCAUGCCUCCACUCCCUUCUCCACGAGCAAAUGGCCCUGUUCCUCCUAUGCCUAAUCACCCCCCGCCAAGUAUGAAUGGUCCUGCUCUUUUACCCUCUCCAACCUCCCAGUUUCUCUUGCCUUCUCCCACUGGUUACAUGAAUUUGUUGUCUCCGCGAUCACCGUAUCCUUUGCUUUCUCCAGGGGUUCACUAUCCUCCUCCAAUAACGCCCAAUUUUGCCUUUUCGCCCAUGGCUCAGUCUGGAAUUUUAGGUCCAGGUCCUCAACCUCCACCAUCACCUGGUCUUUUAUUUCCAUUGUCGCCUUCUGGUUUUUUCCCCAUGUCAAGUCCAAGAUGGAGGAAUCAAUAGUCAAGGACAAACAAUGUUGUAAUGGUGAUCUGCAUGCCAGAUGAGGAGCUGGCACCUUGUUUAUGCCGAUUUAUCUCCUACUGAGCAGAACUUUGGUUGUGAAAUGGUAUUGUAUACUGAGCAAAAUGGAUCCUCUAGAAAGUUGAAAUCUUCUUCUCUCAUUUUCAUUUUCCAUCAGUUUUGACUCCUUUUAUUUUAUUAAUAGCCAUUUUGUGGCAUGUUUGAGGUUAGCUUCUGAGAAAGCUGUAAAAUUUUCAGUUUCUUGGACAAGAUUUACUUUUAGGUGAUAGAGUGAAGAUUGGACAAGUCAGCUGGACACUCAGACAGAAGCAAUGAAAUGAAUGAUAAAGAUGUAACAUGGAAGGAGGUAGGCUUACAGAAAUCAAACUGAACUGUAGGUUAUCUAGUGGAAGCAUUCUUACGUAGUUGUAUAGUUGUAUACUAUACUUUAAUUAGUUAAAGCACAGCAUUAUUUCUUUUUUGGUUUUUGACCAUGCUAUAUUAAUAAAUGUCUUUUGACAAUUCUUCAGUUAUUAUCAAGGAUUGCUUGUGCUUUGAAAUGUAUGUUGCCUUGGUGUUGUAACCAGCUUUGACCUUCUUAUGGAUAUUUUUUUACCUUGCUUGC